CGUCGAGUCUUCUGAGACCUGAUGGAAGUAAAGGAGGAGAGUGAAGAACUGAGUGAAGUGGAGGAGGAACAUCAUGUCAAACCUGGAGAAAAACCUCUGAGUCGCUCAAAGACUAAAAAUACAUUUUUAAAGAAACAAAGAGCCAAGCAAUCUUUCACCUGCACUCAGUGUGGAAAGAGUUUGACAACAAAGCAAAGUCUUGAGAUUCACAUGAGGAUCCACACUGGAGAGAAGCCGUUCACAUGUGAUCAAUGUGAGAAGAGUUUCACAAUAAAACAAAGUCUUGAGUAUCACAUGAGGAUCCACACCGGAGAGAAGCCGUUCACCUGCACUCAGUGUGGGAAGAGUUUCCCAUACAAACGUAGUCUUGAGCGUCACAUGAGAGUUCAUACUGGAGAGAAGCCAUUCAAAUGUGAUCAAUGUGAGAAGAGUUUCGCACGAAAAACAAAUCUUAAUCAACACUUGAGGAUCCACACUGGAGAGAAGCCGUACACGUGUGUUCAAUGUGGAAAGAGUUUCACACUGUCAGCACACCUUAAAGAACACAUGAGAGUUCACACUGGAGAGAAGCUGCACACAUGUGAUCAGUGUGGAAAGAGCUUCGUAAAAAAACAUCAUCUUGUGCGUCACAUGAGAGUUCAUACAGGAGAGAAGUCGUUCACAUGUGAUGAGUGCGGGAAGAGCUUCACACAAUCAUCACAGCUUCAGAACCACAAUAGAGUUCAUACUGGAGAGAAGCCGUUCUCGUGUGAUCAGUGUGGGAAGAGCUUCAGCCGAUCAGAACUGCUUAAAGGACACAUGAGAGUUCACACCGGAGAGAGGCCGUUCACAUGUGAUCAAUGUGGCAAAACAUUUCCUGUGGCAUCCGCCCUAAAGAAACACAUGAGAGUUCAUACGGAGGAGAAGCCACAUUCAUGUUUUGUAUGUGGAAAGAGUUUUUUAAUGCUGUUUAAUUUACGUGCACAUCAGAAAAUUCAUACUGGUGUAAGAGAUCAUGUGUGCUUCGAAUGUGGGAAGACUUUUACUGCAGCAAACUGUUUGAAACGGCACAAGAGGAUUCACACUGGAGAAAAACCUUACAAGUGUUCACAAUGUGACAAGAGAUUCGGUCGAUCAGGACAUCUGAAAACACAUGAGAAGAUCCACAGCAGAGAGAAGCCGUGCAGAACGAGUUUCGCUUUUAAAAGCUAGCUCAAGCCAGGGCUCGACAUUAACGCUUGUCUGGGACAAGUGGAUUUUUUUGAAGGCCCAAGUGAAAGAGAAUUGUACUUGCCCGACCGGAUGAGUACCCUGAUUAAAAUGUCAGUAGCAAAAAAUAACUAGGCGAUCACCGAAACGAGAGAAUGGUUCUGAUUUUAAUACAUUUAGUGUAAGUGGCGACUGAUAGUGGUGUAAGACUGAUGCCAAAAUGGCUGAACCCAGAGAGAACCACACUCUGAGGAAACUCUGAACUCUUACAGAAACAUCUGCACACUUUCUAAAAGAAGUUCACAUCCACAUCCAAGACAACCCACCCCACUGUGUGGAGACAGAAGAGUCACACCUCACUAUUGAUUGUCCACAUCUGUUUCCUUACUCUCUCUCUAUCCCUGCUCCUCAUCUCCUGAACUGAAGAUGCUCAAAACUCACCUAAAAUCAUCUCAAUCAAGGUGAACAAGAGCGUGAUAGUUCAUGUUUGGUGUCAUUCCAAAGGACCAUGUGCUUCGAUCGUUAAAAUAGGGCCAUAAAUGUUUCUCAGUGAAUAUUGAUAACUUUGCAGUGUCUGCUUUUAAACAGGUUAAAAGUUUGGGUGUCAUCUUUGACAGUACUUUAUCAUUUGAAACACAUAUAAACAGUGUCAUUCGCUCUGCAUGUAAGUAUGUAAAGCAGGGGUCUCAAACUCAAAUUGGCUUGGGGCCGUUGCUGUGAUUGACACCUCAUAGGAGGGCCAUUUUAACAUUCAAGCACAAGAAAGCGCACAAUUUCUGAAAAUUUACUUUCCUUUGCAUUAUUUCUCAUUUACCUCAAAUUUCAUUACUAAAAUAUUUUUGCCAUACAGCAGUGUCUCUAUCAUUGUUACAUACAGUGUUAGUUUUUAACAGUUAGUGCAAAUAUUUUCCCUUGCUUUAUAGCUUAAAUAACAUCAAAAUGAUAACAUCUUGCACUGAGCAAAUGCAAUCCCUGAAUACAUUUGUACACUAUUCUAUUUCUUGCCAGACACCUGGCAACGCUUCUGCUCACACAGCUGAGCCACAUUUGCCCAAGAUGCCGUUUGAGCAUCGGUAACAUUGAGGUUAAAGUAGCACUGAAAUCAAAAUCAAGAAAGUGUUACAAUGUUGACUGUGAGUUGGCAUCGUACCAGGAAUGACUGACCUCACUGCAUACAUAGUGAAAUAAUGUGGACAUGUUCUGUUCUAUUGGACAAUAAAUUCUCAGCAAACUAGACUCAUUUUCUCUGCCCUGGAAUGCAUGUCUUCUAUUGUCGGGAACUGGUUGUCGUCCUGCUACGAGCCCUCUAACCCCUCUAUCCUCCAUCUGUUGGACUGACUGUGAGGUGAGUUAGCACUCCUCUUACCGGUAUUCUGUGUAUCUGGUCAAAAAACAGAACUAUGAAUAAACCGACCCGUCUACAGAGGACUGACGUUCACUGCGAUCGCUUGUUUAUAUAAACAGGACAAACUUCAAUUACACCACAACUGGAAAUAAAGGUGUAUUGCAAAAUCA